AUGGGGCCGGCGCUGGUGCAACGUAAGGACCCUUCUGUUGGUCAGCGAAAUGAUGUCACACCCACCUCCUCCCGGCCAUGUUUAGAGAAACCCAGUAACGCGCUUUGCGUCGUCAACACCACGGGGCUAGCACCGAUAGCUUAUUCUCCCCAGGCACAGGAAAGCCGCUGGCGAUACGCCGUGUGGGCUGCGCCGCCGACGCUGAGGUGCACCGCCGUCGUCCGGGAACGAGGUACAAAAAUAGAGAUUGUGGCUCGAUUUGAUGACGGAGAAGACGCGACAGUAGGACAAAAAAUGCCCCUCGUCAACUAUUCGUCAUCAUCGGAUAGCGAGGAUGGAAUCGGUGCCCACAGCAAGCCGGCCGCCAAACGUCAGAGGAUGAAAGGCACGCCCGAGGCUUCCGCCGGCAACAGCGGCGCCAAUGGGGCGCAGCAAUCGUCGAUGCCGCCGCUUCCAUCCGAGUUCCACGAUCUCUAUGCGGCGACGGUGCGCCAGAGUACCGUCGACGACCCAUCGCUGCACCAGGGACGCAAGAGGCAGGUGCCGCACAUUGCAGGUCAAUGGCCCAGCCAUGUCUACAUUGAGUGGCGUCCCGGUCAUGAACAGCAUGCAGCCCUGACACGGCUUCUCGCCAGGGUACAGGAGACGCUGGAUGGCGAGAUUGAGCUGCACCAGUUCAUGACGAGCGACCUCGGCGCGCCACUGCCUCUCCAUGUUAGUCUGUCGCGGCCGCUCUCCCUGUCCACGGCGGAAAAGGAUGACUUUCUACGCCAGAUAUCCGGAUCACUUGGUUCGGGCACCGUGCCGCCGUUUGCCGUGCGGCCGCGCAGCCUAGCGUGGUUCACGUCGCCCGACUCGAACCGCAGCUUCCUGGUGCUCGGCGUCGCCACGGUGGACGACCAGCAGGACAACGGCGCGCUGAUGGAGCUGCUGCGAAAGAGCAACGCAGCCGCGGCGCGGUUCGGCCAGCCGCUUCUAUACCAGACGCGCGACGACGACACGGCGCGGACGGCGUUUCAUGUUUCCAUUGCGUGGACCUUUGCACGGCCCGGGCAGGAUCUGUCCCAGACGACGCUGGAUCUGUGCCAGCGGCUACCGCUCGACGAGGUGCUGGCGUGGACCAUGGCCGUGGACAGCGUCAAGGUCAAGAUUGGCAAUGCCGUGACGAGCAUUGCGCUGUCGGGGCACGCGCCGGGCCAGAAAAGGACGCGAUUUCUGUUUGACGAGACCUAA